CUCCAGCAGCCCCUCUCUUGGCUCCUUGACAUGAGCACCAUAUAAGGCGCAGCGAUCUCCAUAGAAACGUGUCAGUUUCAAUAGUAGUGUCAAAGUUCACUAUAUACAGACAUUCGCGCAGAUCCCCCCGUUUCGGAAACAUUGCUCUGCAAGCUCUUCUUCCUUUCAAGCAUUUUUUGGGAGCCUCUCUCUUCUUUUUCUUCGAGCAUAUUUGUUUUUUUCCCCUCUCUUCUCUUUUCUGCUGCUGCUGCCGCUGCUGUGAUAUCUUUUUUUUUCCCCCUCCGCGUUGCUCCAGCUGGAGGAGGUGAAAGUCUCACACGGCGUGGACUCUAUCGCUGCAAGAUGACGGUGAAGACGGCGAUGAGCUUUAUUUAAGAAUACAGACGCGCCAAAUCUGCAGUUUUGGUUUUUUUUUUUGUGUUUUUUUUUUUAUAUCCCCCUGCGUAUGCGCACGGCUUGGAAAAAAGGAGAAAGGAAUUUAUCCCACCGCAGCACUUUGGAUCGAGCAAGGUUUUUUUUAUUUUUUUUAUUUUUUUUAUUAUUUAUUUAAAUCCUCGCUCAUGUGAAUCGUUCUCCCUUUGUGGCUGUUUUCUAUCAAAGUGCAGCUUUUUCUCCCCCCCCCCCCCCCCCCUCCCUCCUCCCGUCCCCCACCCACCCAAACCGGACUCGUCUUUUUUCUCCUACAAGAUCGGGGAUUCCUGAAUGGCUCAGUGCGAUUUACCUUCAUGGAACUGGCCUCCCGAUACUUGCAUAUCGUGAUCAGCCGUCCGCCUCUAUUUCGAAUGUAUCAACCCCCCUCCUCCUCUAUGAGAUUCCGCGCACUGAUUUGACUUUGCACUCAUAGUGCAAAAAAAAAAGAGAAAAGAGAGCGAAAAAAAAACAAGACAAACCAUUUUUCUUCCCAUCCACGCUCCAGACCCAGCAGCGAACAUUUCGCUCUACAGCACUUUCCGUGGCCGAGAUAUGGCAAUGGUAGUCAGCGUCUGGCGAGAUCCGCAGGAAGACGUGGCUGGAGGACCUCCGAGCGGCCCCAACCCAGCCGCGCAGCCGGCGAGGGAGCAGCAGCAGGCGGCGUCGGCGGCGCCGCACACCCCACAGACCCCCAGCCAGCCGGGACCUCCGUCCACGCCGGGUACGGCCGGCGGGGACAAGGGCAGCCAGAACUCGGGGCAGAGCCAGCAGCAGCACAUCGAGUGCGUGGUGUGCGGGGACAAGUCGAGCGGCAAACAUUACGGCCAGUUCACCUGCGAGGGCUGCAAAAGUUUCUUCAAGCGGAGCGUGCGCAGGAACUUAACCUACUCAUGUCGCGCCAACCGGAACUGUCCCAUCGACCAGCACCACCGGAACCAGUGCCAGUACUGCCGCCUCAAGAAGUGCUUAAAAGUGGGCAUGCGGCGCGAAGCGGUUCAGCGAGGACGAAUGCCUCCAACCCAGCCCAACCCAGGCCAGUACGCGCUGACCAACGGGGACCCCCUCAACGGCCAUUGCUAUCUGUCCGGAUACAUCUCGUUGCUGCUGCGGGCCGAGCCCUACCCCACGUCCCGGUACGGGAGCCAGUGCAUGCAGCCCAACAAUAUCAUGGGCAUCGAGAACAUCUGCGAGCUGGCGGCUCGCUUGCUCUUCAGCGCCGUGGAGUGGGCCAGAAACAUCCCUUUCUUUCCCGACCUGCAGAUCACCGACCAGGUGUCCCUUCUCAGGCUGACGUGGAGCGAGUUGUUUGUGCUUAACGCCGCGCAGUGCUCCAUGCCCCUGCAUGUGGCCCCUCUGCUGGCCGCGGCGGGCCUGCACGCCUCGCCCAUGUCCGCGGACCGCGUCGUGGCUUUCAUGGACCACAUCCGGAUCUUCCAGGAGCAAGUGGAGAAGCUCAAGACCCUGCACGUAGACUCUGCAGAGUACAGCUGCCUCAAGGCCAUCGUGCUUUUCACGUCAGACGCCUGCGGCCUCUCGGACGCUGCCCACAUCGAGAGCCUGCAGGAGAAGUCCCAGUGCGCCCUGGAGGAGUACGUGAGGAGCCAGUACCCCAACCAGCCCAGCCGCUUUGGCAAACUCCUCCUGCGGCUGCCCUCCCUGCGCACCGUGUCCUCGUCGGUAAUCGAGCAGCUCUUCUUCGUCCGCUUGGUAGGUAAAACUCCUAUUGAAACCCUCAUCAGGGACAUGCUAUUAUCCGGGAGCAGCUUCAACUGGCCUUACAUGUCCAUCCAAUGAUCCUUAAAUGACACACAAAUGAAAGAGAGGGGUGGGUGGGGGGGGGAGGACCAAAAUUCAGCACCCAUCCUCCUCUAUGAAGACUAUAUUAAGACUUUUUCUCACAAGUUUGGAAGACUUUUACCCCCACCCCACUCCCGCCCCCCACGUGGAGAUGGAAUAUGUACAGAAAAAUAUUGGAACUGGACUUGUGUAAAUCCGCACCCUCGUCUUCAAGAACAAUACUCGUCAUUUUUUGUAAAAUACUAGUCUUUAUUUUCUUCUUUUUUUUUUUUUUGUAUAAAAAAAAUUACAAAUAAAAUGAAAAACAUUGUAUUGCGCAGUAAGAAGAAGAAGAAGAAGAAGAAGAAGAAAAAAAGAAACAAGACUUAGCGGGGGAAAAAAUAAUGUUUCCAAGCAAUUAUAAGAAUCUGUCCUGUGUCUAUAUGUACCUCUCUCUGUUUUGUAUUUUUUCUGGUUCCAAACCAGGCUUUCUGUGAUUCUAUACUAAUAAUUUUUUGAUAUAACCUUUUUGCUUCUUAUAACGAGUGCGGUAUAUGUUGUCGAAGUUCUCCAAGAAUUAAAAUUGAAGUGAGAAUUAAAAAAAUAACAAUAAAAAAGGAAAAAAAAAAGGACAAAAAAAAAAGAAAGAAA